UUCCAUUUAUAGAUUAAUAAAUGUAAAGACUAAAUAUUGCGGCAUAGAUUUUGCUGCUAAAUGCGUAGUUCUGCGUGCAACACGACCGACAACCAGUGGCUGCGAAUCUUCUGCUUAUGUGGUGCUCAAAUAUAGAAAGUUAAUCAAAGGCCUUUCAAAGGAUAACAAUUUUACAACACAUAAUGAAGCUCGAGGAUAUAAUCAACACUGAGGACGCAGUCUCUGCUUUGCCAGGUCUUUCUGAUGUAAUUAAUGGUGAAAUUUAUCCAAUACAGAUUGAUCAGAAUGGAAGAAACAACUACUUAAAAAGAGUAGAAAUGUUGGAUCAGUAUUUAAAACAUCCGAACAUGGAGGAAGUGGAACACUUCUUAAAGCCGUUCAAUUUCUCUACUAAGAUUCCGUAUGAUGAACUAUUAAGAAUUAUAUUAAGAUCCUUCAACUUUCACAUUCUACAAAUAUUUGAUUUUCCAACAACACCACAAGUAUACCAAGUAAUCCAGCAAAUUACACCAUGGAGCUUACCAACCCUGUUAGGUGAUUAUUGGAAAUUUUCUAUGCUGAUGAGCUUUAGAGUUCCUAUUAUAGAUGGAUUACGUCCACAAGAAGAAGGUGGAGAUGAUUUAAACGAAGCUGAUGAUACAGAUAUAUAUGGAAGCACCAAUCAAGGAAGUGUUAAACGCAGAAGGACUGGUCCAUCAUCACAACCAAGAGAAACAAGAUCUCAUAGCUUAAAGAGCUAUAUGGGAAUGGUUUACCCAGAAGGAGAAGUGGUCGAUUUUUCAAUUGACCAUACCAAUAUUAAAAUUGAUAAAUCUGAUUUGAAAGCACAAUUAGACGAUGCAAUCACGUUCCAAUUAAAGAACAACUAUGAAUCAGGAGUUCAAGAUGUAGUUGACAAAAACUUGUUUGCCAAGCCAGGAGCCUGCGUAGGCCUGAUCAAAAAUUCACCAACAGAGUAUGAUACCUUUGAAGGAAACACACUAUUCAUAACGCCCGAUUUAUGUAUAGAAACUAAGGAAGGGAAAAUCCCUAUUGAGUGUAAGAGGAAAUUCAUUAAAAAGUAUCUUGAUGAUUUCUUAAAAUCAGAAGUGCAUAGUAAACAAUCCUCGUCGUUUGUGGAGAUUUUCACACAAUGUAUCCGAGAAGCAGUUUUUUACAAAAUCAACUGCUUUUUUAUUAGUGAUUAUACCACAACAUUGUUUAUUAAAUUCAACGAUAUCGGAGACUUCGAUGGAACUAAUUUUUGUUCAUUAUAUCGUCCAAUUGAGUGUGAUAUUCUAAAUAUUAUCGAGACACCUGAACUGGAAUAUUCAUUAAAUUUCCAUUUAUUUGUUUUAUUGAAAGAUGUUAAGAUGAAAUUUCAAGAAAAUAGAAAGAUUUGCUUAAACGUUAAGGAUAAGUUAUUCAUCACUUCAAAUUCCCGAGACACACUUACCAAGUAUAUCUAUGACGGAAUAGGACGUUUUUUAGGACAGGUAUUCCACAUGAAUAAUAUGUAACCAGCUUCUCAGCUACCAGUCUUUAAAUUUACUAUCAUUAAGCUAGUCCAAUAAUUUCUGUUUAUAUUAGUAUAUACAAUAUAUAUAUAUAUGUAAAGUAAUUUUGAUUUUGUAUUC